AUGGCGUUUCCCCAUCAUCCACUUCCCUCCGAGCAGGAGCUGAAGCGAUUUUAUGCCGGAAAAAACAUCGGAGAUGUCCCGAAACCGGCCGUCGUGCUCGACAUAGCGAUUAUCAAGAAGCACUGUGAGCGAAUGUUACAGACCGUCAAGGCACUCGACGUCGGUUUUCGGGCACAUGUAAAGACUCAUAAGACACCACAAAUCGCCCAGCUACAAGUCGGCCACGGCAACGAGGACGCUAAUUUUGUCGCAUCUACGGUGCUGGAGAUUGAGUGGCUUGCCCCACUUCUCAAGGAUCUUAAGCGACAAGGUCGUCGAGUUAACAUCCUCUACGGGAUCCCUCUCGUACCGUCGCAGACGACUUGGUUGGCAAAGAUUGCUCGCGAACUGGGUCCCAGAAGCGUUUCAGUUAUGAUAGACCAUCCGGAUCAGAUUCAAUAUCUCAAGGCUUUUCAAUUGGAAGCAGAAUUUCCGGCUCAUGUGUUUAUCAAGGUGGACUGCGGUUACCACCGAGCGGGGUUACCACCGGCCAUGUUGAACAAGAACGGAUUACUGAAGAAGCUAGCGGAAGCAGAAAAAGAGGGCUAUGUUGUUAUUCUAGGGGUCUACUCACAUAAUAGUCUGAGUUAUGGAGGAAGCACAUCAGAUGAAGCGAUGGAAUAUCUGGCCGCGGAAAUCGUCAGCUGCAGAGAGGCUAUCAAGCACAACUCACACCUUUUGUCAGGUAAAGAAUUGGUCAUUAGCGUGGGAGCUACACCGCAGGUUGUUUCUUCGAAUAAUCUUUUGGGAAGCUCGUCUAGUCCAGUUACAAAAAAGUUGAAGAAUCUGCUGCACAAUCCAUCCGAGUCUAGCAUUCCUGUCAAAAUUGAACUCCACGCCGGAGUUUAUCCAGUUCUCGACAUGCAACAGUUUAGCACUAAUGCCAGACAAUUUGCCGGUAAACUGGAAGAGGAAGUCGCAAUCUCUGUGUUAGCUGAAGUAUGCAGUCUAUACAACGAUGGAGAGCGAUCUAAACCAGAGGCUCUUGUCGCAGCGGGAUCAUUGGCUCUAGGACGAGAGCCAUGCAAAGCAUACCCAGGAUGGGGAGUCGUGAGUGACUGGAGACGGAAGCCGGGGUACUCGAGAUUGAUCGUUGAACGAAUCAGCCAGGAGCAUGCAAUCCUCGCAUGGGAAGAUGGCAGAAACAGUGAGAUACCGUUGGAUAUCGGGCAGUCUGUACGGAUUUAUCCAAACCAUGCAUGUGUAACUGGGGCAAUGUACGGGUGGUAUCUGGUUGUGGACUCAAGUGAGGAUCGGGACGCUUCGAAUAUUAUAGAUGUAUGGGUACGGAUUGGGGGUUGGUAG